AUGGCUCGACCUUACAAUCCAAAAUACGAUUCCGUCCUCGGACCCAUGAGAGAGCCUUCUCCCCCGCCUCCUUCAACAGAGGCAGGCCAACACGCUCAUGCAUUCCCACAUGAUCCGUCGUUCCUUGCUCAGUUGGACCCAUCCAGAGUAGGUGUCAACGAUACCGAGGCUGCUCUCACUCAUCUGUUUGGCGACGUCGUUGGUCAAUCUCAACAAGAUGAGAAAUCGCAGGGAAAUCCCCCGGGGACUGAUGAAUACACGCCUACGCUAGCUUCUCAUGAAGUGCCCAAUGUCGUAGAGACACUUCCUGUACCUACACCACCGACCGGUACCGAUAACAACGAUGAACCACUCGAUAUUGAUCCUUCCUUGCAACCGCAAGAUGACGAUACAGGUAUAGGUUCCGUCGAAGGUGCGGGCACUUCCGUCCCAGCGAAACGCAAAGCUACUUCCCGAGCCAACAUGCUAGCGAGAGGAGGAGCAUGUGAAUAUUGUAAGAAACGAAAGUUGAAAUGUUCAGCAGAGGUGCCUUCAUGUUCGAAUUGCAAGAAGAUCAAUAAAGAAUGUGUAUACUCUCAGAAGAAACAGAGAAGUAAGAUCAGAGUAUUGGAAGAUAGAUUGCAAGAGUUGGAAAAAAGGUUAGAUCAUCCUAACCUACCACCCUCGACUCCACAUCCAAUCACAAAUACGGUAGAAACGACUAUCGAAGGAGAAGGAGGAUUGUCCAUCGAUACUUUCCCAAGCCUGUCGACAUUCGAAAUUGAUGAACCUGAUUUGAUGACUUUAGCGGACGCCGCUGCGGGAGAUGCGAAUGUUGAAUUUGAUGCUUGGGAAGGUCUGUCUCCUGAGAUCAUAGUCGGUGAGAUCAUAAAGGCAAUCACCAGUGGACGUAGUCAUGAUGAUGGUGAAGGAAAGAGUAUCGGUGGCAAGAUCGUAUCUCACUUGAUACACCUCUAUGUCACACCACCAUCCAUACCUGAUAUUCACGCAGCACUCUCCCCGACUGCCCUCUUACGUCGACUAUCCGACAAAGGUGAUCGACCUAUUCAUCCUUCCCUACUACUCGCCCUGAUACCGUAUCUCUUACCAUUAUCACCUUCCAAGACGCUCCAUUCGCCUACCUUGCCAACCCUGAUUCAAACGCACGGGAAGAACCUUAUCAAUCUGGCCAUUACCAAUUCCGAUCCUCGUGUUAUUGACCUGGCCACGGCGUGUGUACUGAGGGCAUUCUGGUAUUACACCGAAUCGAAAUAUUUCGAAGGUUGGAUGGAAUCUUCUCUGGCUAUUGGAUGGAUACGUUCAGCAGGCUUGGAUAAACUAGGUUAUGUAGGUGAACGAUACACCUCACAUCAGCAAAUGACCCGGGAAAGGGAAGCAAGGUUGGAAAGAGAAAGGAAGUUUAGGUUCGCGUUUAGUAAACCCGUUUCGAUUCCACCUCCGAAGGAUGGGGCGGAAUUAGGCGAAAGAAUUAAUCUUUUCUGGUUUGCUUAUAUGGUGGAUAGAGGCGGAUCUUUCCGCUGGAGAUGGCCAUCGUCAAUCAGUGACGAAGAAAUCACAACACCUUGGCCAAAAGCCGAAUAUGGCACUGAUGGAUCGUUGCUCGACAACCGAACGAUACUGGAUUUCAUCAACCCUUCCAUCCCUGAAGAUGCUUCGCAAGAUUCUCUAGAGGCAGCUUCGGUCAAGGCUCUUACGUUGGUAUUCCACGCCCAAAGAUUGUUCGAUACUCCUCCCAGUGUAUCCACCCCGGAUCGUACUUCCCUUUUGAUCAGCAUUACCAAACGGUACAUAUCAACUUAUGGUUCGGUCGAACAGACUGUAUCACCUGUUACAUGUACUAAUGGAGGUUCGAAAAAUCAAGUUUGGAUUACUCUUUAUGCUACGCUGGCUUUCUUGCACGCCAGAGAAGAGGUUGACGCUCCCAAAGGUACAGAGAAGAACCACUUUCUCAAGUCGAUUGAAGCUAUUGGGAAUGUUUUGGAUGUAGUCAAGAUCAUGCAGAAUGCAGGUAAUGCUGAACUUGAAGGAUUAGGGUUAUUUUCAGCUUUAUUGCUCUUCCAUCUAUGUAGAUUAACAAUCAAAUACAUCGAAAGAUUCUCUUCGAGCCAACCCUCAGAACAUGGAUCGGCGGAUGAAGAAAAUCGAAAAGUACUGAGCGAUCUGAAGGGAAUGAGACUUGGGCUGAACAAUGCUUUGAACACACUAGUCAAGAAAACUAGAUUUGCAGUUGUCGGUUCACAGUUACUUGAAAACAUCGCUCUUGGGUCGGAGUUCAAAACGGGUGAAUAUGAGAGGCCUGACAAUAUCGUUUAA